AUGUUCCGCCGGCAACGGCAGGCUGUAAUCAGCGAUGCAGAAUGGGAGCGCGUAAGACCGGUCAUUAGACAGCUGUACCUUCGAGAGGACAUGACCUUGAGCUUCGUCUUGGUAGCGCUGAGUACCGUGCACAAUUUUCACGCAAGUAAUGCCCAGUUGGAGUGGAAGCUCAAGCAUUGGUGCAUGGUCAAGAAUAUGAGCGGCCAGCAGUGGAAAUACACCGAUAUUCAAAUUCGUUAG